GACUGACGGGCCCUGAGCACUGCUCUGGGCUCUAACCUGCUUCUGGUCAGUCCCUUGGCCCAGGAGACCCCUAAACAGGGCAGCACUCGGUGACUGAGACUCAGAUUCACUUGGUGCUUGGAAACUCAGCAAGUUGUGCAUUUUUAAGAGGUUAUUUCUGGUGCUUUUCUCGGGUUACUCAAGCUUGGGGCAGGAGUGGGGAGAGAGCCGGGCCCCGGCCCCUGGAAAUAGAGGAGUCUGGGUUGUACUGACUUUUGGUCUCUUGAAGCCGAGUCCUCCCUUUCCUGCAGGCCCCCUCAGGCCCCUUGCCUCCCCUGCCACUGUGGCCCAAUUCCCCUUCCGGUUUGGCCCCCUUGAUAUCAGGGAGCAGCUGUGAGUCUGAGCCCGAGACCGAUGCGUCCUCACUUCAUUAGGGCUUUGAAGCUAGAGAGGAACCUUCCUGUAGGGAUUUUGGGGAAUUCAUCCAAAUUUGUCCCUUUGCAGGCCAUGGCAGGUGAUCUCUGCUUUUCUCUAACCACUAAGGGAGGGAGAAACAAGCCCCCAGUGCUGAGUAGCCCCUCGGUUGUUAUCUAACAUGACCCUCACUCCCACCUCUGAGGUGGUUGUUACUACCCAUUUCACAGAUGAGUGAGACUUGUAAGGUUCAGAGAUGUUAGGUCACUCUCUGUGGUCACACAGCCAGCAAAUAUGCCUUCUGGUAUGGCUGUCUCCUGCAAGUGGCCUAGUUGGGAAGAUACGACAGUGAUAUUUUCCAUGAUAAUAUAUGACACUUAGGUGUAUUAUUAGCUACAAGACAUUUCCCCUUUCAUUCACUCAAGUCAUUCACUCAUUCAUUCAUUAAGUAUUUAUUGAACAUCUAUGUGGGCUAGGCCUUGUGCCGGGUGCCAGGAUAUAGCUGUCAAAGAUCCCUGCCCUCACAGAGCAUACAGGCUAGGGCUGCACUGCCCAUUAUGGCAGCCGCUAGCCACCGGUGGCUACUGAGCAUUCGAAAUUGUGGCUAGUAUGAACGAGGACCUGAAUUUUAAAUUUUAUUUUAAAAUUUAUACUGCACCUGUGUCUAAUCACUACCAUAUUGGAUAGUACAGCAUUAGAGUAACUUGCUGGAUCUCUGUUUUCCGUGGCUUCAUUACAAGUUUAAAAGCUUUCUUCCAGCUUCAGUGGGGGAGCUGCAAAGGCCUUUCUCCCUCUCUGUGUACAUGCCGAGCACAGAGAGGACAGUGACCAGGGAGUCUCCCUGGGGAUUUGUGAGAAGUGCCCGGACAUCGACACUGCAGGUUUCUAGGUGGCCUGGGAGAGUCCUCCUUCGUGCCGGGCUCUGCACACAGGCCCUGACCUCUGGGGCCGUUGUUCUGAGGGCGUUUGAUUUUCCUCGGCUUGCACACGCAGAGAUGUCCGUAGGGCUCAGCAAGGUGUGGGCGAUCGUCAGAGACUUGGUUAGAGCAGGGGGAGAAUCUCAAGAGGUGACCUGUUCAACUCCCUCUUCGUGUGUGUGGAGGGAUGGAGGCUUAGAAACCUGGGUGGCCUGACCACUGUCACAGUAACGAGAGCUGGGCUGGACCAAGGGACACUCUCUGGCAUGAAGGAUGUGAGUGGCUGGGUAGUUUUCCUCAGGGGCUCUGAGGUUGGUGGAAGGGGCUCUAGGCUCACCAGGCGCUGCUCUACAAGGCAGGAAUCAAGACUGGGGCUCUGGUCCCAGCUCCACCCCACCCUGCUGUGUGAUCUCAACUGCUCAAGGCCCCCACUUCUUCACCAGUAAAAAGAGGACGCUGGAUUAUCUAGUGAUUGGAAAUCCCUUCCCAACUUGACUUUAUGGUCUGUCAUCAGAUCCUUCAAGCAGCCCACAAACAUGGAUGAGGAAACUGACUUUUAAGUAGCUUCUGAGUGGCAGGCAAACUCCAGAUGUUUUGUAUUCCCUGUCUUGACGUGGGAUGUCUGUGGGAGCAAAGCAUCCUUAGGUUCUUAGGCUGAGUUAGUUCCCUGCAUUUGUACCAGGGAUCCUGGGAUUUGCAGGGGGAGGCGGCGUUGUUACAGAGUGGGCCGUGUUUUCUGCCUGGGUUCUCCUCCAGCCAGGGGUGUUUGUGAGAACACUGGAAUCACAAAGUGGCCCAUGGCGGAGAAUGCAGCCAGAACAAAGGCGCCCUCUCCCCGCCGGGGCCCGGGGAAUACUAACUAGUUGACAGGAAUUUUAAUAUAAAACUCUCCCUCUUCCUUGUCAUUCGGAGGUUUCAGGAAGCCUUCGGGCUUAUCGUGCAGAGGCACACAGCACAGACAGGGCUUGGGGAGGUGAGAGGUGAUUUCCUGCCAUUCUUCUGCGGGGCGGGCUUCCCAGGGCGGUCAUGCCAGGCUGACGGGGCGCAGUGCGGGCUCCCACUGCUGGGGGGGAGAGCCGGGUUUUCAUGGGGCGGCAGUCGAGGCAGGACCCGCAGCCAUGAACCGCUUCAAUGGGCUCUGCAAGGUGUGUUCGGAGCGCCGCUACCGCCAGAUUACCAUCCCGAGGGGGAAGGACGGCUUCGGCUUCACCAUCUGCUGCGACUCUCCGGUCCGAGUCCAGGCCGUGGAUUCCGGGGGCCCGGCAGAGCGGGCAGGGCUGCAGCAGCUGGACACGGUGCUGCAGCUGAACGAGAGGCCCGUGGAGCACUGGAAAUGCGUGGAGCUGGCACACGAGAUCCGGAGCUGCCCCAGCGAGAUCAUCCUGCUUGUGUGGCGUAUGGUCCCCCAGGUCAAGCCGGGGCCAGAUGGCGGGGUCCUGCGGCGGGCGUCCUGCAAGUCGACCCAUGACCUCCAGUCGCCCCCCAACAAGCGGGAGAAGAACUGCACCCACGGGGCCCAGGCACGGCCAGAGCAGCGCCACAGCUGUCACCUGGUGUGUGACAGCUCGGAUGGGCUGCUGCUCGGUGGCUGGGAGCGCUACACUGAGGUGACCAAGCGCGGGGGCCAGCACACCCUGCCUGCACUGUCCCGUGCCACUGCCCCCGCCGACCCCAACUACAUCAUCCUGGCCCCGCUGAACCCUGGGAGCCAGCUGCUGCGGCCUGUGUACCAGGAGGAUGCCAUCCCCGAAGAAUCAGGGAGUCCCAGCAAAGGGAAGUCUUACACGGGCCUGGGGAAGAAGUGUCGGCUGAUGAAGACGGUGCAGACCAUGAAGGGCCAUGGGAACUACCAGAAUUGCCCGGUCAUGAGGCCGCAUGCCCCACACUCAAGCUAUGGCACCUACGUCACCCUGGCCCCCAAGGUCCUGGUGUUCCCCAUCUUUGUUCAGCCUUUAGAUCUCUGUAACCCUGCCCGGACCCUCCUGUUGUCGGAGGAGCUGCUGCUGUAUGAGGGGAGAAACAAGGCUGCCGAGGUGACGCUGUUUGCCUACUCUGACCUGCUGCUCUUCACCAAGGAGGAUGAGCCAGGCCGCUGCAACGUCCUGAGGAACCCCCUCUACCUCCAGAGCGUGAAGCUGCAGGAAGGUUCUUCAGAAGACCUGAAAUUCUGUGUGCUGUAUCUAGCAGAGAAGGCAGAGUGCUUAUUCACCUUGGAAGCUCACUCGCAUGAGCAGAAGAAGAGAGUGUGCUGGUGCCUGUCGGAGAACAUUGCGAAGCAGCAACAGCUGGCGGCUCCGUCCCCUGAGAGCAAGAAACUGCACCCUUAUGGCUCUCUCCAGCAGGAGAUGGGGCCGGCCAACUCAACCAAUGCUACCCAGGAUAGAAGCUUUACCUCAUCAGGACAGACUCUGAUUGGCUGAGCAAACCCAAGGGCAGGACUCUGCUUCUGGCAACUUAACUCUUUCUUGGGCAUCCCUUACCACACAGUAACCUCACCUCAACUGGACCCAAAACGGAGGACCAAGAUGGUGGGCCUAGGGUCAUCUGAAGGGAGUGGCCCCACGGGUGUGUGGACUGGCGUCAGAAGGACCACAGUGGUGUGAGAGGCCCUGUGGGCAGAUGCAGACUGGCUCAGAAAGUCCCAAAUGGAGAAGACCCAGAAGCUUAUUCCCUACAAGGAAGAAGGAGGUGAAAUAGCAUCUGGGCUACCGGUGGUUCCAGUGCCUGCCUCAGGGGCAGCAGGAGAAGUUGGGAGAGGUCAGCCCUGAUGGAGAACAAUGCCAGGAUCCGCUGCUGCCAGAAGAUAUCUCCACCCAUUCACUCAUUUUUCAUCUGAACUCAUGCAUUCAUUCCUUCAUUCAUCAGAUAUUUUUAGGGCGUCUACUUUAUGCCAGGUUCUGGGCUAGGAGCUGGAGAUACUAUGGAGAAUGAGAGGGACAUGGUCUCUGCUCUUAUCAAGGUUUCAGUCUCAGUAGGGGAGAGAGCAUUACAUAAACACCAACACACACACACACACACACACACACACACACACACACACACACACACACGGGGUUACACACUGUGAUCAUCUAUGAAGGAAAAGAAAGGAUUCCUUUAAGAGAGAAUAUUAUUAGAGAUUGCUGUGUGUGGGUGUGGGGUGGGAGAGGGGAAGAGCAUAACCUUUAAGCCAAGAAAGGGGUUAGCCAGUCAAGGACUUUGGAGCAGCCUGCGAAGAGUCCCUGAGCUAGCAAGGAGCAGGACGUGCUGGAGGAACGGAGCCCAGGCCGCUGGAGCUGGAGCUUAGUGAGGGGGAAGACCAAGCAGGUGGGGGCCAGAUCGUACAGGGCUUUGGUGGUUAAUGUAUUGAUUGCAUUUGAGACACAGUGGGAAGCCAUCGAAGGCUUUUGAGAAAGGGAGUCACAGAAUCUCAGGGACAUUUCUAGACGAUGAGAGAACCCAAGGAGGGACCCAAGUGGGUGUGAGGAGAUCAGUUUUUUUUUAGGGGGGGUCCCUUCAGUCCUCCAGGUGAUGGGUGAUGGUGGCCCGUCCUGGAUGAUGUCUGGGGAGGCGAGUAUGUGAAUGCCCAGACCCUCGGGUAGGGGAGGCUCUGCGAUGAGAAGAGAGAGUUUCCUGUCCCUCCACUGCUCUCACCCUCAUCCUCCACUGUGUCUCACUCUUUCAGUGGAUGCACGUAAGGAUGGGGCCUUCCUCACUGAGCCCCUUCCUGGUGAGGCCUGGGUAGGGACCAGUGCUGAGUUCUGAGAAUGUCCCUGGGAGUUGGGAGUUAUGGGUGCUUCAGCUGGCCAAGGUUGUCAAGUUCACAGCCCCCCGGCCUCAGCAGGGGUGGCCUGUGCUGUCCCUCCAUCCUGUGAACACAGCCCUCUGGAAACUGACUGGGUUUGCUUUCUGCAGAGCUCCUGAGGGUCAGGGACUGGGGCUAAGUGAGGCUCAGCACACUUAGAGGAGGCCGUCCUGCCAUGAGGCUGACAAAGGCCUACGUGGGGGCAGCAAUUAGAGCUCAGCCUGCUCGCUGCCUGCUGCAUCUUCCGGUGCAGCCCAGCGUUGGGCAGCUUUCACACCCUUCUCUAACUGCGCAGGCAUAGCUCACACACAAAGGGUAUGUGUAGGAUCAGGGUCAUUUGCAUAGAAAGGGGGUCAGAGAGGCUGGACUUCAGUUUAGAGAAGUCCCCUUGGAGCUUGGACACUCCGUGUUGUGUCUUUUAAGAGCUUCUCCGUGUCUUUAGAGAGGGGUCUUGUGCCCUGGUGAGUUUGCUCAGCUGCUUUGGCUACUUGACCCCUAAGAAGGGUGGCCCAGAAGAGAAUUUGGCCCUUACCUCCCACGGAUCACCCCUCCUCCCAGCCUAGGAAAGAUCAGACACGUCGCAUCAGUAACUAACGGGAUCAGCCCAGUGCCCUGCCCAGCAGGGGAAUAGCCUGGGCCUGAAGUGGGACAAGUGAUCCGCAGUGUCUAUCAGCCGAGACUCCGCCUGCAGGGUUAAUUCUGAGCGGCUGAGCAGCUGAGUCUGCACAGACACAAGCUGCACCAUGACUUCAUUUGAUUCCCUUUUACAAAAUGACAUUAAGGGGAGUGUGAGGCGCAGGAGAAUUGCCUGUCUGGGAAGACAGCGAGCUUUUCUCUCCCGGACCUGGGGACCUACCUCUGUCCACCAGACAGGUGCAGAGGACGGGGGAGCUCUGGCAGCAGGGAAACGGAGACUCGGAACACGGCACUUAGCCCUGGGGACGGCACUUUCCUCUGGCUUGUCCCAACAAGCUGCUGAGUGGAGCGGAAGCUCCCGUCAGGGUCCUAGACCUGGCUGGCUGCUGGGAAAGCAGACAUCAGCUCCUGGAGGGCCCUGGACCCAUCUUCCCAGUGACUGUUGUGAGCCACAGCGCCAUUGCUGCUCUGCCUCUCAAAUCGAUGAGACAAUUAAUUUGGCUCCACGGGCUCGAGAAGAUGAAAUAUGACCGGGUGGCCACUGCUCCUCAGAGGCCCAGUCCAUCCCAGACGUCCAGGAUGAUGAACGCAUCGAAAUCGCAUUUGAGAGUCAUAAUCACGGGAAACAUGGCCGAGCCCCUCCCUCCACAUAAAUCACGCUAAGAAGCUCACACAAUGGUCUCUUUCCUGAUGGGCCAAUUGUCUUGCUGUGUGUCUCGGGGCGAGCUGGGAGCAUGGGAGCACAACCAUUUAUUGUUGAAAAGGCCAUCUGUGCGAUUUGAAUACAAAGUGAUUCUUUAAGUUCCCCACACAUCCUUUGAUCCCAUUUUUUUGUUUUCUUAUUGUCUCAGGCUCUGGGUCUGUUGAAACUCCCAGUCUCUCCUGGAAGCAGUCAUGCUCUGGUCUCUGCCGCCUGGGUCCUUUGGCCCUUUGGGAGUUGGAACCUGUCGGAAAUAAUGAUGACAUUUAUUUAUGUAUGCCUUUUUUUUUUCUUCUUCUUUAGUUUAAAUUCUUUUUUCAUAAAUUCUGCCACCAAAGCCUGAAUUUCUCAUACACGGCACCAAGAGCGUUCUGCAGAUUGAAGGUGUGGGCAAUUUCACGAUGUGGGAGGGCUGCCCACAGCGAGAGCAUGGGCUUCAGAGAUGGCAACUGGGAUCCCCAGGCAUUAUCUCCCUUAGGCCUCCCAGCAGCCUUGUUCUAUGGAUGGAAGGAACUAAGACUCAGAGAAGUUAAGUGACUUAUCCAAGGUCACAUAACUGGUAAGAGACCGAGCUAGUCCUCAAGCCAAGGCCUUGCAACCUAAUCCAUUGCUCUUUCCAAAUGAAAGGUUUGCCUCUUAGGAGUGGAAGUAAGAGAAAUCAAUCAUCUCCUUCAGGAAGAGCCAGGAGGAAGAUAUCCUGCAUGCAGAAAUCGUGGCCCUUUAAGCUCUAGAGGGGAUGCUUUAGGACUAAUAAAGAUGAGAUGCCUUAUUCUCUACACAGUGGAGAAUAAACUUUGAGUUCAUAUGGCCCAGGGGUGGCCCAGGCUGACAAGAUGAAUAGCUUCACACAAGAUUUAAGAGGUCUGAUGUGAAAGACAAGGUGGAAGUCCUGAAGACAGGCUCUCAGCAGCACUGGGAUGGUGGGGUUACCCCAUCCCCCUUUUGAGUCUGGCAUUCAAGAGGACCAGCAGCACAGUCUUGGGGUACCUGGCCGCAAUGAACAGCGGCCGAAGGCAGAAAGGGAUGGCUCAGGUUCAGGCCCAGAUGCACUGAGCAUGAGUACAGGAAGGAGGCCUUUGACCUCUGCCCUGUUGAGGGUGAGGAGAGAGCCUACUCCAGGCUUUGCGCCCAGAUUUUGCCAGUUGACUGACUUGGAAUCUCAACCCUAAGUAACUGGGUGUCAAAUGGACUAGAUUUCAGAUAUUCUCUACCCGCCGCCACCCCCCCAACCCACCCACCCCCGCCAAACACCUGUUUUCCAGUCUCUCCAGCUCUCCGCCCUCCCCUCCUCGCUGCCCGUCUGGCUGCGGAGAGACUGCCUUCUUCCCACCUUCCUCUUGGCCUCAGUCAUCUUGCUAUCUUUUUUUGUUCUUAAGGAAGAUAGCACAACCUUACCCUCUAUGUUGUCUUGACCUCAUCUUUCUUCAAGCCUUUCUCUGCAUAGGGCCACUGUCCUCCAAACUGUUCCCAGAUCCUUGGUUUAAGAGUAGAAUAAUAACAGUAGGUAAUUUAUAAGUGAGCGCUUAGGCGUGAACCUGGAGCAAUGCCAGGCUCUUCACCUACAUUGUCUCUUUAAUCCUCACUGCAGCUUCGUGAGGUUCUUUGUGGUCCUUACACAUUUACUCUCAUUAUACCCAAUUGAUAUAGGUAAGGACGCUGAGUCUUUGAGAAGAAACUUGCCCAAGGUCACACAGCCAGUGGGUGGCUUGCAUUGGAACCUGGGUGCCCAGCUCCAGAGCACUGGCUUCGGAUUGCUCUGCUCUCCUACUUUUCAGCAGUCACGGACCAUCCAAGCUGGGAGGGGUGGGGAAGCUGAGCAGUCGCACUUCCCGCUCCAAGACCAUCGUGGGAGGCCAUGGUCCCAGCCUGCUUCUUAAGGCUCGCCCUCUGCCCUCCUGCUUUGUGCCCACAGCUCGGCCGUAGUGGAUUAUUUUCCUUCUCUGAAUUCCCCACGCGUGUUCGUGUUUAGGCUAUUUCUUCUGCCUGAUGCCGCCUGCCCUCCUCUGCUGUUCCUGACACAUACAGCCCUCAGCCUUCAAGCCUCCCCUGAGACACCUUUCUCAGACGUGCAUCCGAAGUCACCGCUUCCCCCUCUGUAUUCCACAGUAUUUUGUUCAUCUUUAGCACAGUGAGUUAGGCAGGUAUGUCUCACCUGCAAGACCGUGAGCUCCUUGGGAGCCAGUGGAGGUCAAAGUUUAUUUCUUGCUGAUUCUAUUACUGCCUGGUCCUUGGUAGGUGCUCAGGAGAUGUUGUAGAAUUGGAUUGGGCCAUGCAGUUCAAGCCUCUCACGUUUUGGAAUCUAGACGAGGAAACUGAGGCUCAAAAAGGGGAAGUGACCUGGCCAGGUUCAUGGGACAAGGUAGUGGCAGAGCCAGGACUAGAACUCGGGUCUCCUGCCUUUCUUGGCUCAGAGCUUUUUCCAUUGCACCUCGGCUUUGUAAGACCGGAGCCUGGAUCCCCACUUGAUCUUAAGCAAUCUAAUCUGGCCAGACUCACUUCAGGGUUAUAGAUGCUACCACAUCCACACUGACUUCUGGGCAUCCUCAGAGGGAAGGAGACCCUUCUGAGACCCAGAACUGCUCCUAUGGUUCUCUUCCCUGGGUUUGUGGAGCUCCCUUCUCACUGAGCUCCUUGCCUUCAGAGAAAACGAGAGUAGGAUUCUGAAGAUCUUGGUUCAAAUACUGAUUUUGCUUGUAAUUCACUGAGUGACUUUGGGCAAAUUACUUCACUUCUCUGAUCAUUUGUUUCUUUACCAAGAAAAAUGAGGGAGUUGAAUUUAGGUGAUCUCCAGGAGUCAUCCUCAAAGCCUCAGGACUCUAAUAACAGGUUAAAAGAAAAAAGAAAUCAGACAUUUUGGUCUUCACAUUGAAACAAGAGUGUAUGUGUGUGAAUAUAUGCAAAUGUUGUACGUGGUUAAUAUUCAUCAUGUACUUGAGACAAAUAAGUAUAAGUAUGAACCUUAUACAGGAAGGGGUCCUCAUCACAGGCACUCAGACUGUAAGCACAGCCCUGCUCCCUCCCACCCAAAUGUGCCUCCUUCAGGCUCCCCCCCCAGGGAAAGUGGCAAGGAGCUUUCAAACCUAGAAUCUUCCCCUGGCCCUUCUUUUUUCCUGCUCACUGGACUCUUGUUUUAACUUCACAUAUACAGGUAUACACAUAGGUUCUUUAAUCGGACUCCUGGUCUAUGGCAUAAAGCUAACUUUCAGUGGAAGUAGUGAGAAUCUGUGUGCAGUGCCUUUAGUUUCCAGUGUGGUCAGAAGUCUCCUUCAGACUCUUCCCCAGAAGUUGCCACAGACUUUUUCAUUGCCUUUAAUGUAUAUCUUCUUUUGCUCAAACACUACUCAGGGUAAAUUUUCUAAAACAGUGUCUUUUAAACGUUAGUCGUUUUCCAUUUUGGUUAAAUUCUAUCACAAUAUAGGUUUCUGCUGUUUCUCCUCGUGGGAGAAAAUUAAGUGUUCAGUAGGCUAGCCUAGGAAGCUGACCACCAUUUAUAACACAAUUUUCAAUGGGAAAAUGCAUUCUGAGACCCAUCAUCAACUCUCAGAUGAUUUGGGAAUACAGCUCAACACACACCACAAAGCAGAGGAUAUAAUAUUUGUUUCACGAGUGACUAGAAUUUUGAUAGAACCACAGAAUCUUUGAGUGUGGAACUGAAAAGCCUCCUCCCUCCCUCACCAGGAUCAAUCGAUUAACAAGCUGAUUUGUAGAAACCAAGACCAAGAGAGGGGCAAGAACUUGGCCAGGGGCACAUAGUUGGUGCCAGAGCUGGAACUAGAACCCACCGCUCAGCGCUCCCCUUCAGCGGCCUUUGAAGAGUCUGCCAGCUUGGGGACGGGGCGGGGCACAGACUGUCCUAGAGACGCUUGUCAUCUCACUCGGCUGUGUUGUCAUUAGGAAAAGUAAGUCAUCACUUUGGGCUGUCUAAUGGAAAUAGUGAGAAAUAGCCCUGCUAAUGGUGUGGGGAGAGGUUGUCUAGUCGGCUGGCUUGUCUAUAAAUUCCCCACGCGUUCUUGCUGGAGCAGAAUGAAUGGGGCUGCUGUGUUUUACCUGGAGCUCUGAGCAGGGCAGGGCUGGCGGAGACGCUCCCAGUUCUAAAAAUAGUAGUGGGAUUGGAGCUGAGGGGAAGAGGAAGGGGCUCCUUCGGGAGCUGGGUGGGACGCCUCACCCCCUUCCUCUUCCUGCCGGGCCCUCUGUGAGGAAGCGCCGUGGAUUCAGAGAAUUUAGAUCUGGGAGGGUCCUGGAGCCACCAGCCGUCACGGCCCCUCCUCACACAGAAGAGGAGACCCUGGAGGCCCGCAGUAGGGAAAGGACUGGCCAGCCGUCCCCAGCCCAGGGGGAAGGUCCCAGAUGGCAGGCUGUUUUCCUCCUGCUUUUAGCAAGGCGGCAGCAGGCCGGGCGAGGUUUUCUCUCCCUGCCACUGGGAGCGCACAGGGCCUGGGAACUCCUGGGGCCGGAUGUGGUUAGGCUUCCUGAAUGUCGCCCAGCAGGCGAGGAGUCCCUGGCUAGUCUGCCCUGAGCCCUGACCUCAGCCAACUGGCCUGCCAGCGCCACGCCUUCCCCUUGCCGUUGUCCCCACCCUUGCUGAUUUGUCCUUCUGUCGCCCCCUAGACUGUGUGCAGGGAGGGAGGACCAGGGCCCGCAUAGAACCAGCCUGCAGGACAGAUGGCCUAGUGCCUUGGGACCUUUCUCUGCCCAUCCCCAGGAACAAGCAGGGGCAGCUAAGGUAGAGGCAGGGGCCUGAUUCAGAGGUAGGCAGGCCAGGGGUCAAAUCCCAGCUCUGCUUCUCACUAGCUGUGGGAUUACUGGCACGUUACCUAGCCUCUGUCAAAUGAGACAAGGACAUCUCUCUCACAGGGUUCUCCUCAGGAGUAAGGGGAAUGGUCUGUGCAAAGUGCCUGGUACGUAGUAGGUACAGACAGCCCUCCGUAUCUGCGGGUUCCGCUUCCACAGAUUUAACCAACCGCAGAUAGGAAAAAAAACCCGAAAACAUUCCAGAAAGUUCCAAAAAGCAAAACUUGAAUUUGCUGAGCUGGUGACUAUUUACAUAGUAUUUCCGUCGUACAACUAUUUACAUGGCAUUUACAUUGUAUUAGUAUUAUAGGUAAUCUAGAGAUGAUUGAAAGUAUAUGGGAGGGAUGUGUGUAGGUUCUAUGCAAACACUAUGCCAGUUCAUAUAAGUGACUUGAGCAUCCCUGGAUUUUGGUAUCUGCUGGAGGUCCUGGAACCACCCACCUCCCACCACACAGGAUACCAAGGGACGACUGUGCUUAGUGGCAGCUGCUAUUGCUAGAUCAAGCGUGAACAUGUGCUUGACUCUGCAGCCCCCUUCCUUGGCCCUCCACCCAUGAGGGCAUGGCAGGUGUGGGGUUUUUUGUUUUAUGAAUGCAGUUGACUUUUGUUAUAUUGUUACAAAAGUAAUUCAUGUUUAUUAUGAAGAAAACAUUUAGUACAGUUGAAACAGGAGAAGGAAAUGUUCACCCUUCAUCCCAACACCCAGAGAUAACCACUGUUAACAUUUUGGGGUGUAUCCUGUCAGGCAUUUGUUUAUACACACAUAUACGUUUGUGUGUAUAAACAAAUUGCAAAUUGGGGUUGCCCAUGCACACAGUUUUCUGAGUUGCUUUUUUCCAUUUAACAAUGUAGUGUAUCCACGUUUCCAUGUCAAUAAAUGUGCUUCUACAACAUCA